AUGUCCUCUCUCAACAAUACUCCAAGCAGUGAGCCUUACAAUGCCUCGUUCCUCAUCAAGUACAUCUGUGAGAAGGGACGAGAGACGCACACGUCUUUGAAAGGUGGAGUCUAUCGUGUCUCCUUCGAGGACCACGACGCCUUUCUAAGCGACUAUUGGAAGGCAUUUCGUACGAAACAGGGUCUAUAUCUAAUGGAGCGUAUUUCGAAAGGCUGCAAGUUUCGAUUCUUUGUCGACUUGGACUUUGGAUGGACAGAGGACAUGUCUACGAGGAAGGACAACGAGUGGAGAGACUUUUACAAACAGCUACGGGAUAUUGCCUCUGUGGUAUUAAACACCCGUGUGAUGGUGAGUGUUCGACUCUGCAAGAUCCACAUCCACUGUCCCGACUUGGCGGUCUCUGUCCAGCAAGCCAAAUCGCUCCUGGAAACGCUACGCAAGGCGCUGAUGGCUCGCUUGCCUGAACUCGACACUGAAAAUAUCUUUGAUGGUUUGAUGUACAAUAGUGGCCUGAGAAUGCUAGGAUCCUGCAAACCGGAUCGUAUGAACAACGAUCCCGACUGGGUGCAAGCGCGACACAAGUAUUACCACCCCCUAGAUGAGGACUGCGAGCCAUUGUAUUUGGAGGCCAUGGAAGAAGAGGAUGCCCUGACAUUGCUCAAAGACAUCUCGAUCUUGAUCUUGGACGCGCCACGAGAACAGAUCGAGGCCUCCUCCUCUGAAUCCACCGCAGAGCUUCCCUGCGAUCAACAUAUCGUCUGUGGCCAGAAUCCGGUUGCAAAAGGUGGGAACAUCCUACCUUGGAUCCAGGAAAAGUUACCACCACUUUCCCAGCCGUGUCAAGUCGUUUCAGAAGAAAACGGUAGGUGGGACUGGUGCUCAUUGAAUGGGAGGAGUGAUAUCGCCCGUUUCAGCAGCGAUAUCACCGGAGUAAUCGACAGUAAAGCUUCCCGCUGCAAUCAGAAACCCUUAUGCGAGGACGACCAGCUGGAAGACAUUAUAAAGCAAGUGGUUAUCUUUGACUAG